UCCAUUUUAAGUUGUAUAUUCUUGCAUUAAAUUACAUUACAUUAAUCUGUAUUCCAAAAAAUAGAAAAGAAUAAUAAUGGGUUUCCAAAAGGAAUACCUUGAUUUAGUUCUUGUACCCUUUGGAAUUACAUUCAUGUUUGUUUAUCAUAUCGCCUUACUCUAUAGAUACUUGAAUCAUCCAGAAACUACUGUUGUGGGCCUUGAGAAUCAUAACAAGAGAGCUUGGGUUGAAAGAGUUAUGGAGCUUGAUGAUUUGAGUAGCAUGGAGCUACCCUUAUCAGCAUUAUCCUCAAAUACAUCAGCAGCAACAUAUCUAGCCUCAAUCUCCUUAGGCUUGAGCUCCUUGAUUGGUGCAUGGAUUGCAAGCAACAACAAGGUUUUCGAAAGCGAAAUUAUAUAUGGUGAUAGAACUCCAACAACCAUGAUGUUGAAGUACAUAAGCCUUCUUAUUUGCUUCUUCUUGGCCUUUUUUUGUUUUGUGCAAGCAACAAGAUAUUUCAUCAAUGCAACUUAUCUCAUAAGUAUGCCAAAUAGUAACACACCUAUUUACUAUGUUGAAGUUGCUAUUAUUAGGGGUGGUGAAUUUUGGCAACUUGGACUUAGAGCUCUUUAUUUUGCCCUCAAUUUGUUGCUUUGGUUCUUUGGACCUAUCCCUAUGUUUGUUUCUUCGGUUUUUAUGGUUGUACUCUUGCAUUAUCUUGACUUGAAUUCGAUCCCGUUGCAUCAAUUUCAAGCUUCGGAGAAACAAAGAGGUCAGAGAUCAAUUAAUACUAUGGUUCCCAAUGGUCUCCUACAGGUCCCUAUUUCAAGCUAGAACGUGAAGUUUAAUUAUGUCUAUGGAAGGGAUACGAGAAUCUACUCCCUUAAACGAGGUUUUGGAGAUGCUCCUACUACCACUUGAUCCCCAAUACUCCUUGAUUACAACUCUGUAUAUAUGAGUCGAAAAGUUUAAUUAGACUUUUUAAUUGGGAUGAGACAUUGAAAUACAAUGGUUGUAUAAAGUUAAUAACCAAUUCAACAAUUUAAAUUUGAAUCAUAUUUGUAAGUUAAACACGCAAUAAAGUGAUUGGUUGGUACUAAUUAAAUAUUGAAAUGGAGGGAAGAAUAGUAUGGCCAAUAUUGUAAAAAUCUAAUUUCCUUCCUUUUGCUUCAAGCAACAUAAUAGUGUGUCUUGAUUUAUUUAA